AUGCGUUUUUGUACAGUAUGCUUUCUUAUUCUGUGGGUAUCCAUUAUUCUCGCAGCUGGAGAAGAAGGAAUCAUAGAAGAAGGUUAUAUGUUGAGUUUUUUUAAUGAAACGCCUACUUCAACUGCAAAUGAACAAUUUUUGUCUAAUCUUUCAAUACCACUACAUGUACGACUCUCUUCAAGUGAAGAUGCUAAGAAACUUCUUUGGUCUCUUUUAUUUAUGGAUAAAAAUAAUGGUAAAUGUCCAUAUCUUAGUUUCUGGGAGUUAUUACGUGAAGUAUUUCAACCCAAAUUUUUGGAAGAGAGUUAUGGUGUACGUCGAUUAAAGGCUAUUCAGGCGUUACUCUUUAGUGAAAAGGAGAUGAGUAUUACGAGUGAGAAGGAAACAUUAGGAUUUAUUGGAAUGAAACUCUCACAAAGUAAUGAAACCAUUUGGAUUUAUUUUAGAGAUUUAGAUAUAAAGUAUGAUUUACAUCAACGACCCUAUGUUGAGGUUAAUAUUACCCGACAAGUAUUGCGAAAUAUAAAACGGGAAGGAAAAGAAAAAAUAAAGGAAUAUAUGAAAACUGUAGAAAAAACUCAUAAUAUUAUACGUCGUAUUCAUUAUAAUGAAAUUAAAAAGGAAAGACGUCAACAUGUUAAUAAUAUCCGUGAACGCAAAAGUCGUGUUAUUAUGAUGAAUCAACUACAAGAGUUUAGUAAGAAACAAAAACACCAUAGAGAGUAUAAAAAUUAUGAGAUACCUAUUAUAAAUAUCAAUCAAGGAAAAGAAAAUGUUUCUUCUUUACAUUUCUCAAGACGUUGUGAUAAUAUUCGGCACGCCAUAGAAACUCUGCAAGCCCAGAGUGUUUUACCUACUGAAAAACGAAUGCAAUAUCUUCGAACAUUAGAGAAAAAAAAUUGUAACACUAUAAUGGAUAAUUUUUUUUAUCAUGAUAAAAAAGAUGAGCAUGAAAAAUGUGAUUCUCGAUGUCCUUUAUACUGUAAUAUUGUGGGAAAACUUCAGGAAUGGAUAAUGCAAAGUGGAUCUACUGUUUCUAUUACACAAUUGCAAACACUAUAUCAUGUUAUUCUUUUAAAUAGUACAGGAUAUAAUGAAAACGAAAAUGAAAAUUAUUUCUCCCUUUUACGUCAACUUGUAUUGGAUGAUGUGGAUCGUGGAAUAUUCUCAACCUGUUCAGGACUUUGUACAAUCUCUACUACUUUUCAAUCAGAGAAAAAAUUUUUUGCUGGUAUAAUGGAACUUCUUGAUGAUACAUCCUCUAAUAAAGAAAAAUCUAUGAUGAAUAUUUGGUGGCACCGAACUCCAAAGGCAUAUCUACGUAUUUGGGAAGCAGCUCGUACAGGAUCUAAGAGUGCAAAAUUAACACUUGCAACCAUGAAAGAACAUGGUAUACUUUCUCCACAACAAACUCAAAUAGCAGCAAGAUUAAUUUCGACAAGUCUCUCUGAUAGUUCAAUUUAUUUCUGGAAACAAAUUUUGACUACAAAAACAAAUAAUAACAAUAAUGAUAAUUUAACUGAAAUGAAGCCAUCAGCAGAUAAACUUUUAAGAUUUGAGAGAUUUUUGGGUGUGGAAAAUAGUUGGAGUGUUAUUAAUGAACCAUAUAUAACACGAGGUCGCUUAAAUGCCGUUAGUACGGAAAUUGAAAGUUCUGAAAGUGAUGAAAAUUCUAAUAGUUGGACUAAGGAUGAAAUUUCUCCUGCUUUACUACGUGGUCUUUUUACAGCUCAAUUAUAUAUCGCAGGUAUUAAAGGUAUGCCACGUGAUUUAAAGCGUGCGGAGUGUAUACUUCUUUCUUUAUUACGAAAAUUAAGGUAUACCUGUGAUGUGAAAGUGGAAGAAAAAAAUUAUGAAGUUUACUUUUCAAAAGAUGAUCGUGGCGGUGCAUGUGAAGAACAUAUAGAAGAGUUGCGUUUCUUACGUCGUAAUGGGUUUAAAAUGGGUGUUUGUGCUUCAAAUUUGGUAGAUAGUAAUAACAUGAAACACCUUCAAUUUAAAGUAUUAGCAAAAUCAAAGAAGGCACAUUUUGUACUUCACGAUAUUUUGGUCCUUCUUAGUUAUGUUCAACUUUUAAAUGGUAUGAAAUUAUCACUUGCUGCAGAGUAUGCAUUUCAGGCUGUAGAACUUGGUGCAGGAGUUUUUCAUUCUGCCAUGUCUGUCCUUCCUGCAAAUGCAGAGCAACUUCUUCUUAAAGCAAACCGCAGUGAUUUUACAAAACUCAGUUUUCUACGAAAUAAAGAGUGGCCGGAGGUAUCACUUUGUGGGAAGUUCAUGGAACGCGUGAGGACGAAUGGCGCCUUGUCUGAUCUCACACGGUCUGGUUUUAUUUCGCAGGAGAGUCUUCUGCUGCUCGCCUUGACUGGAAGAGAGGGCCCUUAUCCCAAGAUGGUGGUGGAGCGUCUCUUUGGGAUUUCCCUCUGUUCUUCUUCUUCCACUAUUUCUUCCACUACUGAUGUGUGUGAUGGGCGGGAGGCGGUGUUAUUUCUGCUGCGGGAGGCGGGGCGGCUCUGGCGGGAGGCGGCGGCCGGCGGCGGGAGUCUCGUCCUCGCCCGCCCCGACCCCCACCGCGCCGACCCGCUGCUCCUCCUCGCGUGGCUCCUCCCGCGGCUGCCGGCCAGCGCCCUCCACCGCAGCACCGCCGGACUGCGGCCCGCCGUCAGCGACACGCGCGAGAGUUACGCCGCCGCCCUCCGGCGAACCGCAGAGUCGCUGGCACCACAGGUAGCUCCAAAGCGGCCGAGGAAUAUCGCCAGGAAGACGUGGGAGUUCAUAAGGGUUCGAAAAGCAUCAUUGCGAAGAUUACAACGGCUGAGAGACACACUGCAACGACAAUUUGAAGAGCAUCAUCUUAAUCCACUUUUAUUUACCAGUGAUAUUCAUAGUUAUUUGAAUUAUACACAAUGGACGUGGUCACAACGUUUCUUGGGUAUAAUACAAGAUACUCUUUUGUUCCCAUUUACCAAUACAGAAAUCGAGGUAUUGGAGGAAAAUUUAGCAAAGGAAAUAAUACCGGUAAAACAAAUUGGAGGAGUUCCUACUGAAAUUGCAGAGCAGAUGGCAGCUUCAGUUAUAAAUUCAGAAUACGUUCGUGAAACUUCUAUUGCUCUACAACUUGUUUCUAUGUCUUUAAUGUCUGGUGAACCUGAUGGUUUUACUUUUAUAUUAAUUGAAGAAAUGAAUCGUGGUAACAAACACUUACAUAGCAUUGCUUAUUAUAUCUCAGAACACGUUUGGGGAAAUCGUUUGGUUGAAACAUGGAUAGAACAACAUAAAACAGCUCAGUGGCACAAGUUAAAACCUAAAACAAAAAAGUAUGGUGUACUUUUUGGUCUUGAUUCAUCUAUGCCAUUUUUUUAUGCUUUACCAGAAUCUAUGAUGGAACUUUUUGCAUAUAUUACUCUUAAACGAGUAAGAAAUUGGCAACAAGGAGAAGUAAAAACAUCACAUGAGGUUUCUUCUGUUGAUAAGGGUUUUAUUGAUAAUGUGAAAAUUAAUGAUAAGAUAUUUCGUGCUCUAGGUAUGUGUAGUGGGGUGUUGAUUGAAGUUGCCAUGCGUAAAGGACGUCCUUUUCCACCACAGAGACCCUAUGAAGGUAUGUAUCGACCAGUUGGAAAUCCUUUGUGUCUUCGGCAACUACUUCAGUAUAUCCGUCAGACAGGGAUUUCACCAUUUUCUGGAUUUAGUAACAAAGAUGCAGAAAAAUGGUUGCUAGAUAUGUUAACUGAAUUAUCCAUUAAGCAAGCACGAUACUAUGGUAUUUCCCUUAAUGGAGGUAGUACCCUUACUGAUACUGAUUUGGAUUCUUCUUCUCCUUCUGCUGAAGAGAAUGAACCCGAGCUUCGAAAAUUUUUGGUAGAACCAUGGAAUAGGGUUGGUGACGUUGAGGAUGAUGAUCUUCCACCUCCGAAAUUUGGUGAGGGAGCUUAUUAUAAUAGACGCUUACACACUGUUACAGGUACAUAUUAUGCUGCGUCGCUGCAGAAAUUCUAUGUAAAGAUAAAAAAUAUGGUAACGAAUUUUUUCCCUAUAUUCUGGUUGUAA